GCCCCGCCCCCUCGCGACCGGGAGGCGGCGGCGGAGCCCGAGGCGGCGGCGCGGAGACGCAGCAGCCGCAGCAGCAUGUCGGCCGGCGGGGCGUCCGUGCCGCCCCCGAACCCCGCCGUGUCCUUCCCGUCGCCCCGGAUCACCCUGCCCUCCGGCCCCGACAUCCUGCGGACCUACUCGGGCGCCUUCGUCUGCCUGGAGAUCCUGCUCGGGGGUCUCGUCUGGAUUCUGGUCGCCUCCUCCAACGUCCCCCUACCUCUGCUGCAAGGAUGGGUCAUGUUCGUGUCCGUGACCGCCUUCUUCUUCUCCCUGGCCUUCCUGGGCCUCUUCCUCUCUGGCAUGGUGACUCAGAUUGAAACCAACUGGAACUUCCUGGACUUUGCCUACCAUUUCGUAGUGUUCGUCUUCUACUUUGGAGCCUCUCUCCUGGAGGCAGCGGCUACCGCCCUUCAUGAUCUGCACUGCAACGUUUCCCAGACUGAGCAGCCACUCCUGAAUGAACACCAGUACAGUAUAAACGUGGCGGCCACCAUUUUUGCCUUUAUGACAACAGCUUGUUAUGGCUGCAGUUUGGGGCUGGCCUUACGGAGAUGGCGACCAUGACACUCCUGGGAACUAACCACGCCACGCAAAGUUUCCUUUGUCUCCUUUUGUGUCUGAUCACUUUGGGUUACAUUUCGCGCAGGUGUAACGGCAUUCCAGAAGUUGUUCAGUGCAGAGGGAAAAAUCGAAGUGGAGUUUCUUGUUUAUGAGUGGAAUUUUAAUUUUAUUAUGAUGUUAAAUAGAGAAAUAUCCUUUCAUUUUUCUGUCAUUCUUCCUAUCUUUCUUUCUAGGAAAUUUUUCAUUAUGUCCACAGAAUACCCACAUACUCUUCAUGAAUAAGCACUGUUGUUUCAUGUGGUCACAAAGGUACCUGAAUCUUAAUAGCCAACUGGAAUGACCUAAAACUGCACAUUUCGAGUGGGCCUCCACUGAAUGCCACCUUUUAAUGUAAAAUAGAGAUGGGGUGCCUCUUCUACAAGUGCCAGAUGGUGCAUCUUUAGGCUCAUGGACCACACUGCCUCUGUCCCAGCUCUUCAGUGCUGCAAUUGUAACACGAUAGCAGCGAAGCUGAGGACAUAGCUCAGUGGCACAAGUGCCUGCCUGGCAAGUGCAAGGUCCUGAGUACGAUUCCAGUACCAAAAAAAAAAAAAAAAAAAAAAAAAUGAAAGCAGCUAUAGAUGAUGAAUGAAUGAAUGAAUAUGUCUGUGUUCUAAAAAAGCUUUAUUUCCAAAACCAAGGCAGGCUAGAUUUGGCGCAUAGGUCAGUGUUUGUUAACUGCCGGUGUGAAACCUAAUUAAUGUAUUCUAUAUUUUAUUGAAUGGUUGUGAAAGUUUAUAAGCCUAAUUAGACAAGCCACAUGUUUAGUCUCAUGCAAUAAUCAUAUGCCUUUUGCUAAUGGUCAAAUAUCCUGGGAAGGGUGUAUAAGUUCUCAAGCUAAUUCCAGCAGUCUUUGGUAUAGGAAAAAGUAAUUUAGGAAGUGAACUCUCAUUCAUGGCUUAAUCAAACUAAUGAUCUCACAGCUGAGCAGCACUCUCCUCUGAGAGUUCUUGAAGCAGGGUCUCCAGAGGCCCUCAAUCAGCACUGGGACUGCAGCCUAGCUACUUACGUCUCCCUUUGAUUCAUGCUUAGACUUCCAUUGUUUACCCUCUGCAUGAAUGCAUAAAUAUUUAUGUAUGUGAUGCUUUUCCAAAUAGCACUCUCUGAAGCGUUAACUUUUUUAGCUCUAAUUAUUUUGCAUUAUUUUCUGAGUUAAAUUUGAAUAGACUAUUAAAUAUAAACAUAAAGCUGUAGAUUCUUACAUAUUCUGAUAAAUGCCCAGAUAUCUCUCUCGUGUUUUAUGGUUUGGGGAUAGACAAAGUCAGUUUUAAAACAACAGCCUACAAACAGUCUCUGGAUACUAGGGAAUAAUUCUAGCCCAUCCGUAGAGACUGUGGCCAUGCGAGGGUACCAGAAGGCCCCAAGAGAGACCUGGUGAGGUUCGGCCCCAGCUCUAACUAAGCCUGUCUAUCUACCCACAAGGUGCUUGCUUGUCACCACAAGGGGGCUGCCUGGCCACGUCCAUCCUUUCGGCCCCUAGCUAGGCUGCAUUGGCUCCUCAGAGUGCAUGUGCAACCUGGGCUGUCAGACUUCAUCAAACACAGAGCAGCGCCCACCGAGCACGUGACUUCUGCCUCAGACUCCCCUGCAAAGAGAAAUCUCACCAGACCUUGGUUUGUGAUAGGACUGUAAAGACAGGAGACGUGUUUUCGUGUGUGGUUGUGAGGAAACCGGUCUGACAACCCUGUAAUCAUGUCUUAUCUUUUUUAUGAAGCUGACGUCCUUGAUUUUUCUAGAUCCAUACCAUUUACCUAAGCCUCUAUUACAAAGUCAUAAAUGUGCCAUAAAGAUAUAUCAUGCAUUCUACUUGGAAUCAGUUAAAGGUAGCCUGCUAGAAUUUAAGUGUGAGAUUUUAUUUUUUUCCAAGGUGUUAUAUGCCAUGCUUGGUGGCAUUAAAUUAAAUGAUUUCAUUAAAGUGUAUUGGUGGCACUUUUAUAAAUGGACUACUUUUAGAUUAAAAACAAAACCUAAAACCCUCCUAACUGUGAAUAGUUAAGAUUUAUAGAUUAAUUGCAUUCUAGAUUUGUGAGUUGAGUGACAAAGCACUUGAACAAAAUUUAUGGCAUUUAAGAAUUUAUUUACAUAUCUUCAUUGUAAAAAUGAAAAAGUAUUGGUUGGUCUUGAAAAUCCGGUACCUUCAUGAUGAAAAGAAAUUUAUUUUAUAAGUGUUAUGACUCUAAUAAAGUAUUCAUUUGGUAA